AUGGAUUCGAUAUCUGUAAUGAAUGAAGAUAUUAGUUCAAAUCCGUUAGAAUCUCAAUCAGCAUCAACAGUAAAGGCAAGAACAUCAUUAGAAUGUGUUACACCACUACCAUCAGCAAUAAUAAAUAAUGAUAAAUGUCAACCACAAGCAAUGCAACAGUUAAAAUAUGAUUGCAAUGAACUUUUAUGUAUUCGUGAUAAUUCAGCAACAUUUCCAUUGCCGAAAAGUCUUUCUAAUCUUCCAAUUAUUAUUAAUGAAGGCAAUCAAAGCAAAAUUGAUGAUAAUAAUCUAACCCUAUGUGAUGUUGAGUCAAUACUAGAUGAACUUACACCAGAAACAUUUGGUGCAUUGGCAACAAAACUGAGAAAAUUAAAAUUUGAUUGUUAUGAAAAAUUAAAAGAAAUCGUUGAGCUAUUUUAUUCCAAAGGUGUUGAUGAAUCAGGAUCUAGCUGUCUAUAUGCAAGAUUAUGUAAACAAUUUAACAGAAGAACAGUUGCUGUUUCAAAUGCACGCUGUCGAGAAAGCAGAUAUGGAUUUCGUGGAGUAUUAGUAAAACAUUGUCAAAAGCAAUACGACAAUAUUUGUAGAGAAGAAAUUGAAUAUGAAAAACAAAAACUUGAAAGUGAAACUGUACUAAAUGAAAAAAAUGAUAGAGACGCGACGAAGAAAUUGGAAGAAGACUUUAUUAAAAUUAAACGAAGAAAGUUAAAACAUCUUCUUUUUAUUGGUAAAUUAUAUAGAUUUGGUAUCAUGUGGUCUUCUGUUGUGUUCGAGUAUAUUGAAUAUUUACUUCGUGAUAAAAAUGACGAAGAAAGUCUCGAAUAUUUACAUCAUUUGUUACGUACGACUGGUCAAAAACUUGAAGAUGAAAUGAUUCCAACAGUACCAGAAAAAUCCCGAUUGGAAAAAUACUAUGGUCAAUUGAAUACUAUUGUUAAAGAACACAAAAUAUCAGAUCAUAUUUGUCGCAUGAUUAAAGAUCUUAUAGAAUUAAGACAAGUGAGUGAACUCUGA